CUCCAACAAACGCCAACAACGAUUUAAAUCCCCGUCAAACAAUCAAAGUCAUAUAAUUCUCUCAGUACCAUAGACCUCACACACCAAACAGUGAGCUGACAAGACCCUGUCGGAUCUCUCACACUUUGAAAAUGGCAGACCCAUUCGAAGAUGUCAUGAAUCUCGAAGAGCAGUUCUAUCGAGAAGGUUAUCAGCAAGGAGUGGCAGAUGGCGCCAAAGCUGGCAAGAUGGAAGGAAGAGGGCUCGGACUGGAGAAGGGCUAUGAGAAGUUCAUGGAGAGUGGGAGGCUAUACGGCAGAUCACUGGUCUGGGCAAGUCGGCUCCCGCAAGCCCAGCAGGCAGAAUCGGGAGCGCCGGAGAGCCAACAACCGCAGCCGUCUCCGUCCCAGCUUCCUCUGCUGACAGAAAAUCCAAGACUCAAGAAGAACAUUGUGACUUUGCACGCCCUGGUCGAGCCCGAAACUCUUGCGACAGAAAACUCGGAUGAGGCCGUCAAUGACUUUGACGACAGGAUAAAAAGGGCACAGGGCAAGGCAAGGAUAAUAGAGCGGAUGACGGGAGAUCAAGUGCCGCAAGUUGCCGACAAGGAAACCGGGUCUAACUUGGCGAGCAACGUAAGCAGAGGAAAUCUGGAAGUAUGAGGUGAUGAAAGGUGGACAGACAAACCUGAAAGGGAAGACAUAUUCGCCAUACUGCCAGUUGUCAAGGCUUAAGCGGUAAUCCUUGAUACCCACUUGCACACAACAGAAAUUUGAACAAACACUAAAGACCAGAACUGAACACAAUGAACCUUUUUCAGAAGCCAAAUC